GCGAUGAAUCACAUCUCCCCAUAAUCAUCGAGUCAUUGGGACGCGCGCUUUGGAACGUCGCCCAAAAUUCGCUUCAAAAGACCCCACGCACGGCCGAGACAUCGGUAUACUGAGAGCUCGUCAUUGAUAAAGACAGAGCUGCGGACGGACGACCCGCCAUCGUCCAGAUACUGUAAUAUAUAGCAAAGGUCUUACAGACGACAUCGCAACCCAAUAUCCCAGAAGGAGCACCAGCAAUAUGAUAGGCCGAGUGGCAACACGAAAGUCGGUGGAAUGUUUGAAGGCGACAUGCACAGCAGUCCGCUUUCGUCCUUUAUCCCAAGCAGCAGCCUCCCUAAACUACUACGACGAGCCCCAUGCGUCCCCUAGUUUCGCGAACACCAAACACUUUCUGACGCUUCGAGACUUUACAACGCCGCAAAUCCUGCAGCUGAUCCGUCGCUCCCUGGAACUGAAACAACUCAUUCGCAGCCAUCCGUCCGAGGCGCGGUCGAGGGAACAGGCGCUGGCUGGUCGCACAAUGGGGAUGAUCUUUACGAAACGCAGCACGCGGACGCGAGUGUCAGCAGAGACCGGCUGGGCUUAUUAUGGAGGGCAUUCGAUGUUUCUGGGGAAGGAAGACAUCCAGAUCGGAGGUGGGGAACCCUUGAAAGACACGGCGAUUGUUGUCAGCAGCAUGGUGGACGUGAUUUUGGCCCGGAUGGGAGGGCAUGAGGAAAUCGAGAUCCUCGCAGCGAAUUCCUCCGUCCCAGUCAUCAAUGCGCUCACCGCCAAAUAUCACCCGCUUCAAGCCCUCGCCGACAUCAUGACGCUCUACGAGUCUAGCCUGCCAAAUGCCCUCACUCAACCCACCUCCUCCGAUCUACCUUUACCGCUCCUUCCGCCGUUGAAGGUAGCAUGGAUCGGUGACGCCAACAACAUCAUACACUCCCUUCUCGUCUCGCUACCGCGUUUAGGUCCCAUCGAGCUCACCGUUGCUACACCGAAAGGUUACAACUGCGACGCAGAUGUCGUAAACUUUGCCAUUGGCGAAGCCACGGGCGGGGCGGAGAAGGGCACCGUUCACUUCACAAAGGACCCGCGGGAGGCCGUGCGCAACGCCGACUUUGUCAUCACGGAUACGUGGGUGUCAAUGGGACAAGAGAGCGAAAAGGCGAAGCGGAUAAAGGAUUUUGAUGGGUUUAGGAUUACUGAGAAGAUGGUGAAAGAUGGGGGCGGUAAGCCGGAUUGGAAGUUUAUGCAUUGCUUGCCGCGCAAGAUUGAGGAGGUGGAUGACGAGGUGUUUUACAACCCAAACCGAUCCAUUGUCUUCCAAGAAGCGGAGAAUCGCAAAUACACAGUGAUGGCGGUGUACGAGAUGCUCAUGUCUUGGACCCACGCCAGGAAUUAAGCGUACCCCUGUUUGACGAGAACCACGGCGUCAAGUACUCUAGCAAUCUCUUUCACGAUAGAUAUAGACGUGUCGCUUGCCUGGGAACAUGUUUCUUCCCUGGGAAUCAAGAGACGCUUGGCCUACAUCAUUCCUCUCACAUUCAACAACUGCAGGUGUCGCUGCCCCACUAGUGGUUCACUCACACCGAGCCCGUCUGUCAUCACACCUCCUACGCAUAGUACCUACUAUGCAUGAGCCUUAAGCCUCAAGGUUCCGUAUGUCACGGACUCAAAGCCCCGGGGGGAGUGGGUGAGAGGUGCGAUCGAUUGCAAUGAUGCGGGCGGAUGGAAUAAAUGACGCCAAAAUGACCGAUCAGCCCAUCCCGCCUGCAUGCAUGCAGCGUGCA